CUGGACGUGGCUCUAGCCCGGUUGAUAAAGCUCCGAAAAUGCGAGUGUCCAGGAAGUGGAGCUAACGGCGUCUCGCGGAGCAUCCUCGUUCGGUUUCCAUGGUUUCCUUCUGAACAAAUCGGGGUCUCUCUGGGGGAUCCUGCCUCGCGACUCCCAACGAUUCCCGCUUUAAAAACCGCAUCUACCGCCAACAAACGUCGGGAGAAACGUCCUCCCCGGAGCUCGGAAUGCGCGCCCCCGCUCGUGCACGUGGCCUCGCCGCGCGCGCCCCCUUUGCAGCCUGAAACCGGAGGAUGCGAUGCACAAUUCCGACCCGACCGGGGAGGGGGGGUGGGUUGGGGGGAGGACAGCGGUCUCGCCCCUCCUGCGAAGUCCAGCCCCCAGCAGAGGCAGCCGCCGCCGCCUCCCAGAAGCGAUGAUCCGGCCUCGGAGGACGACGGAUGCCGCGUUUCGGAGCAGCCGGGACGGAGCGCCUCUUCGUCGGGGAGCAGCAACCGCAGGCUACCGCUGAUGUCCCGCACCAUGGGGGCCAAGCAAACCAAAGGCCAGGAACCCGGGGGAUCCAGUCCUCAGCACAGCUGGAAGCGGACCCCCUCCAAGGAGAGGGGGGACCUCUUCGCCUCCCUCAUGCUGAGGUCGGGGGACCGGCUGGGCCGCGGCGGGACGCCGCCCCCCCCCCUACCAGCGCCGCAUCGGGAUGAUCCAGGAGAUGAUGCUGAUGGCCCGGCAGGGCAAGCAGGACGAGGCCACGGAGAUGCUGAGGACCCUCCGGCAGGUAGCCUGCCGGGUUUUGGGGACCUGGGCAUGGAGUCCACCUCUCUGGACGACGUGUUGUACCGCUACGCCAGCUUCCGGAACCUGGUCGAUCCCAUCACGCACGACCUGAUCAUCAGCCUGGCCCGAUACGUGCACUGCCCCAAGACGGAAGGGGACUCACUUGGGGCGAUGGAGAAGGUCUGUCGUCAGCUGACCUACCAUCUCAGCCCCCACUCUCGGUGGAGGAGACAGGGCCUGCUGAAGAGGAAACCCCAGGCAUGGUGA